GGAUGCAGAAAACGCGAUUCAGCAGAUGGGGGGACAGUGGCUUGGUGGAAGACAAAUCAGGACAAACUGGGCAACACGUAAGCCUCCAGCUCCAAAGAGUACAUAUGAGUGUGAGUAUUUUAGCUUCCAAAACACACAUGGGGAUAUUUCCUCUCCAGCCUAGAAUAAGCUUUUAGAACUGACAGUCUAGGGCUAGGGAUAGGCAGUAUAUUUAAUUGAUGUGCUGCCUCCCAUUAGGUGGUAAGUUUGAUGCUCUGAAUAGAAUUUUGUUUCGGUGAAACACCUUACAAGCAGGUUUCGAUUGUCAAUUGUUCAGGGACAGGAGCCCUGGCCACAUAGAAUUUGGGGCAGAAUGUGGCUGUAAAUUGAAACAGUAAUUAUAUAUUGCAAAGCAUAGGACAUGGUAGUUGCGGGGAAUGGACAGCCAUUUCUUUCUAUAAAUGUUUGGUUUUUUUCUUUGUGGGCAAAUUAGAGACGUGUGUAACCUUUUAUUUCCUAAACAGCAAACGCCAAACAACUAUCCUAUGAUGAUGUUGUGAAUCAGUCCAGUCCAAGCAACUGCACAGUAUACUGUGGAGGUGUUACUUCAGGCCUAACAGGUAUGGCACCUCAUGAGUUUUUAGUAGCCUUACGAAGUUGUCCAUAACUCCAUAUCCUGACAUCCUUAUUUCUGUCUUCUGAUUUGCAGAACAGCUGAUGCGCCAGACAUUUUCUCCAUUUGGGCAAAUAAUGGAAAUUCGGGUCUUCCCAGAUAAAGGAUACUCCUUUGUACGGUAUGAUACUGUUUGCCUUUCCUGUGUGUGUUUUUAGCAAGCCCAUGCCACAGUGUACAGUUUAAAGUAUUGCAAUCCCUUUUUGAAACUGUGACUUAAAGUGUACUCCUUCCAGUGUCCUGCCAUUCAUGUUGAUUAUUUCUAAGAAACAGGAACCUGCAGUCAUUCACAUAAAACUUUCAUUUGCGUGUCUUGGGGCUGUUGGGUGUUUUGCACCUGAUUUUAACAUCACAGCUGCUACUCAGAUGUUCUUUUUUCAGUAUUCUGACUCCUAAUACAGUGGCUUAAUGGAUGAUGGUGGCCACCUUCAUUCUCUUUCUGCAAGGCAUUGCCUUUCACAAAGACCAAAGCCUUGCUCCUGCUAUGCCAUGAUUGCUGAGCAGCCCAAUGUAUCAGGCCUGCAAUUUUCCCUGGAGCCCUCACAAGUUUCUUGACUUACUUACAUGUUGAAUUUAUAUCCUGCCCUUCCUCCCCAAAGAUGUGCCCCCCCCCCAUGGCCUUGUGCAUUUGUCAUACAUUGUGAAGGAUCUACACACGGUGAGCUUGCAAUAUUGGAUAGAUUAUCCCUUGAAAUGAAUUGUUGGAUGGGUUUUUGGUGAGAGGGAUUUGUAUUACUUGGUUGUUUGAUGGGGUUUUGUAUUAUUGAUUAAUUUUCUCAAAUGGUUACAGGUUCAAUUCUCAUGAAAGCGCUGCACAUGCAAUUGUUUCAGUCAAUGGCACAACUAUAGAAGGACAUGUUGUGAAAUGUUACUGGGGCAAAGAAACACCAGAUAUGAUAAAUCCAAUCCAACAGGUAAGCGUCUACCAAAAAAAGGGGAUUUUUUUUUCCUCCCCCAAAAAAUAAUUCUGUUCUGGUAGGUUUCUUCAUUCUAAAUAGUUAGACCACAAAUCCCUUUACUGGUUGUUCAUUUCAUUUAUAUGCAUCAUUUCCCACAUGUUGCUUAACAUGGGAUCCAACUGUAAAACAUACACAAAUAAUAGGGGCUGGAGGUGUAAAAGGUCAUUAGAAAAUGUGUUGAUCUUUCUUCAGUUAUUGUGCUGUCUUUGCUGUGGAACUCUUGGAAUAAAAGUAUAAAUUUAAGAGGAUUUAAGGAAAAUAAUCUUAGGGUUAACCACAGACCUAGCAACACAUCCUAAGGCGUGUGUACUGUUGCUAUAGCACUGACACAAACUUGGGGUUCUUUUGGAAAAUGGGGAGUGGAGGUGGCAUGCUGUAUAGAAAUAAGUGGGAGAGUGCCGAAUCUUGGUGCCUCAGUUACCUAAUUUAGCUUUUGUGGUCCAAGCCCCUGCUUGUGCUGCAGACAUCUCCAAGCACAAGCAAGAGUUAUAAAUGUAUUUUUGUAGGCAGCAGAAGUUAUGAUGGCAUAAGAGCUUGCUAGAUCAGGUCCGUGGCCCAUCUAGUCCAGCAUCCUCUUCUCAAAGUGGCCACCCAGAUGCAUAUGGGAAACCAGGAAACCGGAUUUGAGCAUAGGAGCCCUUUCCCCUCCUGUGGUUUCCAGCAACUGGUAUUCAGAACCGUAGGAGGCAAAGCAUAGCCAUCAGGGCUAGUAGCCAUCGAUAGGCACCUACUCAAUGAAUUUGUCUAAUCCUCUUUUAAAGCUGUUCAAAUUGAUGGCCAUCACUACCUCCUGCAGGAGCGAGUUCCACAGUUUAUUCGCGCUGCCUGAAAAUUUAGUUGUUUAGCUUUCUUACAAUUGUUUUCCCAUAAGAGGGCCAGAAAUUAAUGGUAGAGAACAUAUUUUGCAUCUGUAAGAUCCCCGAUUUAUUUUCUGUUACCUCUGACACUGGCUUUGCCUGAGGCCAAUGUCAGAGCAGAUGUGCCACUGAUGUACCACUGGUCUGACUGACUCCUACGGUUGAGUUUCAUAUGGAACAAAUAACAAAUUCUUCAGCUCCCCAACAUGGUAUGAUUUAAUUAUUUAAUGUUGUGAAAUACAGUCCAUACAUCUCUUUGGAAUGAGCUUUGUUGUACGAACUAAAACACUUUUGUGUUUGUGAUUACAUGAGCUUUAGGAUGCAAAAGGCAAAGGGGCAUGUGGCAGUGUAACUGAAAACCAUCCACCUUUGUGUGUCUUCCCUGUACCAAUGUACUAACUUUGUUUAAUUUGAACUUUUUCAGCAGAAUCAAGUGGGAUACCCACCGCCUUAUGGGCAGUGGGGUCAGUGGUAUGGCAAUGCGCAGCAGAUUGGCCAGUACAUGCCUAAUGGCUGGCAGGUCCCUGCGUAUGGAAUGUAUGGACAAGCAUGGAAUCAGGGAUUCAAGUAAGUGUUUGCUGUGUUGUAUAGGCUCUGUGCCAGGGAAUCUUUUUCAGAACGAAUAUAACUGUGCAGUCAUGAAACAAAGGCUUUAAUUAUGAAACUUCUCAUCUGGACCAUAUUAUGUUGGAUUCUGAAA